CUGUGUGUCACCGUACCUGGUACCAACUCCGUUGGCUAAGAACUUCUUCAAGAUGGAUGAUGAAGAGUGCCUUAACAUGUAUAAGAAUCUGAAGGGGGCAAAUCUGGAGCCGGUGGAUGUGGCAGCCUCGGCGCUUUUCUUGGCCAGCGAUGAGUCUAAGUACGUGAGUGGGCACAGUUUGAUCAUUGAUGGAGGCUUUACCAUCACCAAUUGUGGUUUCUCCAUUUUUGGUCAAGAUGAGAUCAAUGAGUGAUUUAUUUUGCUGCCCUAGUCUACGGAUAAUUUCAUUGUGUUGGGGAACAGUGAAAUAAAGUAAAAUAAAUAAAAUCCGAGUCC